AGAUCAGUUCAUUGUAGGCUUAGAGCUUACCGAGUAAACAACGCUAGAACUGGGAACGCUAAUUAAUUAAAAAUUAUCUUGUAUCGCAGUGCACUUAAAGUAAUUAUGAAAAUGAUUAAUUGGAAACGAUUAAAUAUUAACAUAAUAUUUUUAAUUGGAAUAAUUCUAACCAUAUGCAGUGGAAUAAAUGCUGAUUACGAUUAUGGCGCCUGUACAACGCCUAAUAAUGAAUCUGGUCUCUGCAUACACAUUGACGAUUGUGAAUAUUUAUGGAAUAUGCUUUUAAAUCCAGUAAAUCGACAAGAAUCGUUUUUGGCCAAAAGUCAAUGUGGCUAUGACAAUACAGCUACUACACCCGCACAUAGAAUUUUGGUCUGUUGCGCGGAUAAAUAUUGCAAUAAGCCAAAACCAGAGGCAAAUAAUGUACCAAAACCAGGAAAUGUACUACCAGAAGCUGGUAAAUGUGGCAUAUCGUUAGAAAAUCGUAUUUUGGGUGGUCAGAAUACAUCACUCUUUGAAUUUCCAUGGAUGGCACUUAUUCAGUACAAGAAACCUAACAAUGUGUACGAAUUCCAUUGCGGUGGUAGUCUUAUAAAUUCACGUUACGUACUAACGGCUGCGCAUUGUGUGAGAAACGAAAAAACUCCGGGUACUUGGGAAGUUAACAAAGUACGAUUGGGUGAAUGGAAUACAACAUCAGAUCCUGAUUGUGUAGUAGAUAUAAAUGGACAUAAGGAGUGUGCAUUGCCACAUGUUGACGUAGAAGUUGAGGAGACUAUAGUGCAUGAGAAUUAUAUGUGGUCAUCACGUGAUCAAUAUAAUGACAUUGCAUUAAUACGUUUAAAGGAACCUGUUCAAUAUACUGGUUUUGUAGAACCAAUUUGUUUACCUAUUUCUUCAGAAUUGCGUUCUAGUAGUUUCAAAGAUCAGCUAUUAGAUGUAGCUGGCUGGGGUGUAACUGAGAAACCUGUUGCCAGUGAUGUUAAGCUCAAAAUAAACGUCACCACUUGGCAGAUACCAACGUGUCAGGAAAAAUAUAAAACAUUCCAAAUUACACUAGACGAAAAUAAACAAUUAUGCGCUGGUGGUAGACAAGGAAUUGACACUUGUAACGGUGACAGUGGCGGUCCUUUAACAAUCCGCACAAGAGCUGGUAAUAAGGAUGUAUAUUUUGCAGCCGGUAUUGUUUCAUAUGGACCUAAACCCUGUGGUAUUAAAAACUGGCCUGGCAUGUAUACACGUGUUGGAGCAUAUGUUGAUUGGAUCAUUAGUAACUUGAAACCAUAAUCAUAUAUAUGUAUAUACAUAAUAAAGUAAUGUAUAUAUAUAUAUAUUCAUAUAUAUGAAUGUGAUUUAUAACGAUUUUAUGCCAAACUGAGAAUAUAAUUUUGAUUAUAAAAUUAUAAAUAUUUUUAUAAAUAAUCCUUUGCAAUAUAAUUAUUUAUUUCUUAC